AUGGCGCGAGGACUUCAAAAGAUCGAAGCGCAAGCCAAAGCCAAUGCGGCCAAAAACAAAGGUGGCCACUCGACUCUCAAGAGCGACAAAGGCAUGAAAUAUCAGUGUGUGACAUGCAAACAAGAGAUUGACAGUUUAAGUAACAUGAAGACUCACUGGACUUCAAAACAUCCAAAGCUUGACACACCUACGGAUGAAUUUGCUAGUAUGAGCAAGGCGCCAGCUGUUGCUGAGGCGAGUGGAAGCGCAAAGAAUGCGAAGAACGGAAAAGGAGGCAAAUAG